AUGGGCUGCACAGGAUCGAAAGUCGAUGUGCGUGAAAAGGAGGCUGCGCAGCGGAGUGCAAAGAUUGAACGUCGGUUACGCAACGAUCGAAAACAAGAGUCUCGGACAGUGAAGAUUCUACUGUUGGGCGCGGGCGAAUCUGGAAAGUCCACGAUCAUCAAGCAGAUGCGAAUCAUUCAUUCUAGUGGCUUUCAGGACGAUGAGCGUGUCCAGGUGAAGGCAGUGAUCUUUUCCAACAUGGUCAUCGCGUUCCGAGUACUGUACGAGAUUCUGCAGGACGAAGGCAUCGAAUUCGAGAAAGAACAAAACGAAGCAUAUGCCGACUACCUCGAGAACAUCAAUGCCGACGUUGACGCACACGAGGCGUUUCGAGACAGGAAAGUGAAGGAAGCCAUGUCUGCGCUAUGGAAAGACGGAGGCGUACAGAAAGCUGUUUCCAAGGGACACGAAUUUGCGCUUCACGACAACCUCAAUUUUUAUUUUGAGAACAUCAACCGUAUGUUCGAGCCCGACUGGCUGCCGAACGACCAGGACAUGCUCCAUGCUCGACUCAGGACGACCGGCAUCACGGAAACAGUUUUCGAACUCCGGGACCUGACGUUCCGCAUGAUGGAUGUGGGAGGCCAGAGAUCCGAACGCAAGAAAUGGAUCCACUGCUUCGAGGGGGUGCAAUGCCUCCUCUUCAUGGCGGCUCUGUCUGGUUACGACCAAUGCCUGGUCGAAGAUGUAAACGCCAAUCAAAUGCACGAGGCUCUGAUGCUAUUCGAGUCAUUGGUCAAUGGCGAGUGGUUCAAAGACAAACCAAUCAUCCUAUUCCUCAACAAGAUCGACCUUUUCCGGGAGAAACUCCCAAUAUCGCCUCUUUCGACUCACUUUCCCGACUACACCGGUCAGGACGGCGAUGAAGAGGCCUCGAAGCAGUUUUUCGCCAACAAGUUCCGAUCGAUCAAUCGAAACAGUCAUCGGGAAAUUUACAUUCACUUCACCAAUGCGACCGACACAAAUCUUCUCAAGCAGACCAUGGCAGAUGUCCAGGAUAUCUUGAUACAAAAGAAUCUUCAACGGCUCGUCUUGUAA